CUGACGCGUCUAGUUCACGUCCCACCACAAAGUCUUCAAAUAUCCUUCUCUUCCUUUAGCACUACAACAUGGGAAAUACACCUUCUGGAAUACCACCUCCCGGCCAGGGCCAAGGGAACCAGCAAUCGGACAAGGACAAAAAGGAACCGCAGAAGAAGAAAUGGGAACCACCACUACCUACGAGAGUAGGAAAGAAGAAACGACGUGGCCCUUCUGCCGCCUCUAAACUUCCCGAUGUUUAUCCCACCACUCGAUGCCGUCUGCGAUUAUACAAAUUAGAACGUAUAAAAGAUUACCUACUUCUCGAGGAAGAGUUCAUCCAGAACCAAGAGCGUGCGAAGCCUGAGUCUAGGGAGGAGAAAUUUGAGGAAGAUCGGUCGAAAGUGGACGACCUGCGAGGAAGUCCUAUGGCUGUAGGAACGCUAGAGGAAAUCAUUGACGACGACCAUGCAAUUAUCAGCACAGCGUCGGGCCCGGAAUUCUAUGUGACUAUAAUGUCCUACGUAGACAAGGAUUUGUUGGAACCCGGAUGCCAAGUUCUACUUCAUCACAAGACACAGUCUAUAGUCGGUGUUCUCCAGGACGACGCAGACCCCAUGGUUAGCGUUAUGAAGCUCGACAAGGCGCCUACGGAAAGUUAUGCGGAUAUAGGUGGUCUAGAUGCGCAGAUACAAGAGAUCAAGGAAUCUGUCGAGCUUCCCCUCACACAUCCUGAGCUUUACGAAGAGAUGGGUAUCAAGCCUCCAAAGGGUGUCAUCCUGUAUGGCGUGCCCGGGACAGGGAAGACGCUUCUCGCCAAAGCUGUCGCGAAUCAGACUUCUGCAACGUUCUUGCGAGUUGUGGGUUCAGAGCUGAUCCAGAAGUAUCUUGGAGACGGUCCUAAACUCGUCAGAGAACUGUUCCGUGUCGCAGAAGAGCAUGCACCUAGUAUCGUUUUCAUUGACGAGAUCGAUGCUAUUGGUACCAAGCGUUACGACUCGACUUCUGGAGGAGAGCGUGAAAUUCAGCGAACCAUGUUGGAACUUCUCAAUCAACUGGAUGGGUUCGAUACCCGCGGUGAUGUGAAAGUUAUAAUGGCUACCAAUAGGAUUGAGUCGUUGGACCCCGCACUCAUCCGACCUGGUCGUAUUGACCGUAAAAUCGAAUUCCCUCUCCCCGAUGUGAAGACUAAGCGCCACAUUUUUAAACUCCACACAUCUCGUAUGAGCCUUAGCGAAGAUGUUGAUCUUGAAGAAUUCGUAAUGACGAAGGAUGAUUUGUCCGGUGCUGAUAUUAAGGCAGUGUGCACAGAAGCGGGUUUAUUGGCGCUGAGAGAACGAAGAAUGAGAGUCACGAAGGUGGACUUCACGUCAGCCAGGGAAAAGGUUCUAUAUAGAAAGAAUGAAGGCACUCCUGAGGGCUUGUAUUUGUGAUUAUGCAAAACCUACAAGUUGCCCGUAACAACCCCCCCCCCCCCCCUCUACCGGGUUUGAAUGCCUGUAUGAAGGUCCAAGUCCAUUACCAAGAGGGUCAGUGGUAAGCCUCGGCGCGAACUUGAAUCAUUAUUAGUCCUAUCAUCCCCCG